CCGCGCGCCUCCUGCCCGCGCGCCACCAUGUCCGACCCCGCGGUCAACGCGCAGCUGGACGGGAUCAUCUCGGACUUCGAAGCCUUGAAAAGAUCUUUUGAGGUCGAGGAGGUCGAGACCCCCAACUCCACUCCGCCCCGGAGGGUUCAGACUCCCCUGCUCCGGGCCACGGUGGCCAGCUCCACGCAGAAAUUCCAGAACUCAGAGCCAGCCGCCCGCCAUGUAGACUCGCUCAGCCAGCGCUCCCCCAAGGCCGCCCUGCGGAGGGUCGAGCUCCCGGGGCCCAAGGCCGAGCCCGUGUCCCGGCGCACGGAGCUCUCCAUCGACAUCUCGUCCAAGCAGGUGGAGAACGCCAGUGGUGCCGGCCCGGCCCGGUUCGGGCUCAAGCGGGCCGAGGUGCUGGGCCACAAGACGCCGGAGCCCGCCCCUCGGAGGACGGAGAUCACCCUCGUGAAGCCCCAGGAGCCGGCCCACCGGAGGAUGGAGCCCGCCACCCCCAAGGUCCCCGAGGUGCCCGCUGCCCCUGCCGCUGACGCAGCCCCCAAGCGGGUGGAGCUCCAGGUGCCCAAGCCGGCCGACAGGCCUGCCUCCCCCAUCCUGCCCCCGACCCUGGAGAAUUCCGAACCCGCCCUGAUGUCUCAGCUGCAGAGCCGGCUGGAGCCCAAGGGACCCCCUGCGGCCGAGGGGCCACCCAAGAGCCAAGAGGCCCCCGAGGCAGCUGGCGACAUGGCGGACACCCCCCGAGACGCCGGGUUGAAGCAGGCGCCUGCCCCGCGCAGCGACAAGGCGCCCGCGGACUUCGGCUACGUGGGGAUCGACUCCAUCCUGGAGCAGAUGCGCAGGAAGGCCAUGAAGCAGGGCUUCGAGUUCAACAUCAUGGUGGUUGGGCAGAGCGGCUUGGGGAAGUCCACCCUGAUCAACACCCUCUUCAAAUCCAAAAUCAGCCGCAAGUCAGUGCAGCCCCCCUCGGAGGAGCGUAUCCCCAAGACCAUCGAGAUCAAGUCCAUCACGCAUGAUAUCGAGGAGAAGGGCGUCCGCAUGAAGCUGACGGUCAUCGACACGCCGGGCUUCGGGGACCACAUCAACAACGAGAACUGCUGGCAGCCCAUCAUGAAGUUCAUCAACGAGCAGUACGAGAAGUACCUGCAGGAGGAGGUGAGCGUCAACCGCAAGAAGCGCAUCCCCGACACGCGCGUGCACUGCUGCCUCUACUUCAUCCCCGCCACCGGCCACUCCCUCAGACCCCUGGACAUCGAGUUCAUGAAGCGCCUGAGCAAGGUGGUCAACAUCGUCCCGGUCAUCGCCAAAGCCGACACGCUGACCCUGGAGGAGAGGGUCUACUUCAAGCAGCGGAUCACCGCGGACCUGCUGUCCAACGGUAUCGACGUGUACCCCCAGAAGGAGUUUGACGAGGACCCGGAGGACCGGCUGGUGAACGAGAAGUUCCGAGAAAUGAUCCCGUUCGCCGUGGUGGGCAGUGACCACGAGUACCAAGUGAACGGGAAGAGGAUCCUCGGAAGGAAAACCAAAUGGGGCACCAUUGAAGUGGAGAACACCACACACUGUGAGUUUGCUUACCUGCGGGACCUGCUCAUCAGGACGCACAUGCAGAACAUCAAGGACAUCACCAGCAGCAUCCACUUCGAGGCCUACCGCGUGAAGCGCCUGCACCAGACCACCGGCACCAUGUCCAACGGGCUGGAGGAGCCGGAGCCCGAGGCUCAGGAGAUGUAGACGCCCCCCGUCCCCCCGCCCGCCUGCCCCGGGUCUCUCCGGCCCCGGCCUGCCCACUCGCCCGUUUAGUUUAUGUAAUUUUUUCCAUUUGUCAGCGUCCCCCGUGACACGCUGCCAAAUAACAAGAUGAUGCGCCCCCGCCCCCAGCACCUCUGUUGUUAGCCCCCGACUGGGGUCCAGGGCUGGGUGGGCCCAGGGUGGAGGCCCGGCGCGCUGACCAGCCCUGAGGUCCGGGAGGGCAGGCGGGGCGCCGCGCCAUCCACAGUUCCCGGUGGCCGUGCAGGAGGGCGGGCGAGCCCCAGGCCGAGUCCCCUCCUGCAGGAGCCUCCUGGCUCAGACCGGUCGCUCGGCCCCGCUCCUUCCUCCAGACCCCCCUUGCGGUUGCUUAGACUGGGCGAGGCCUGCAUGGGCCCCCGCCCCCCGCCCGCCCAGAGACCUGCCGGGAGCAGAAAGUGCCUUUAUCUCCUCGUCCCCACAGCCGGCCUCCGGGGUAGCCGCUGCCGCCGGCUCCGAGGGGCCAGGACAGGUGGGAGAGACGGAGGCGUCGCCACCUCUCCACCCCCCUGGCCGGGAUCUGAUUGAGAACUCGAAGCAAAAAGACGCCCCCACCCCACUCACCCCUGCCGUUUGGGGAAGGGCCGAGCAAGCGAACCCCAGGUGGACGGGGCGGGACUGGGGUGGUCAGAGGGCCUGGGUGUCCGCACCCCACCCUGCGUGACUGCAUGUGUGUGUGUGCGCGUGUGUGUGGUUAGACAUCUGUGUGCCCCAGAUGCUCUGGCUCAGCGCACCGCAGCAGCCGCCCUGUGCAUGCUGGGCCACCCGGCGCUGACGCUGGGGCCCCGGGAGGUCGGCGCUGCCCUGGGUCUGACGCCCCGAGCCCGUCGUGCAGACAGUGGGGGACGGAGGGGUCAGGUGUCCGGCAUGCAGGGCAUAGCCCUGGGGUGUCUCCUGUGCCCCCACCUGCUGUCUCCCCCAGAGGAACAGCCCUGAGCACCCUCACCCUGCCCGGGGAUGUGGGGGCCCCGCUCCUGCCUCCGGGACCAGAGACAGGUGAGGUCCGGUCUGUCCACAGCCCCCGGGGCAGGCGCAGACGGCUUGGGCUGUGUGUGCGCGGGCGUGUGCGUGGACGUCAGCGCCUCGCGUGUCAGCCCCAUCUAAGAGAGAAAGGACCCAUCCCCCCAGAAAGUUUACUUGCUGACUUGCCACGAUUUGCCAAAACCAAGAUUUGCAAGGCCGCGCGGGGCCGGCCUCCCGCGGGCGCCUGUGCCGCGGCCUCCCGCAGGCGGCUUCGCUUCCUUCCUGCAGCCGGAUCUUGAGCAUCGCUAGUCUGGGCUCUGCCCGCCCGGGCUCUGUCCGCCGUGGCCUUCGCUCCGUGCCUCCUGAGAACCUCGUCUCUUUUUGUAUAAAUAACAAAAUGUUCAAAGUGUAUUUCCUGAAAUAAAUGUUCCAUAGGCAGCGGGGCUCGCGGGUCUUUCUCUUUU